UAGUCACCAAAUGCACGCUCCCUCCGAAGUCUUUCUCGGCUUGCCUUGUUCAUCUUCCCCCAAAACCCUCUUUGCAUCCAAGGAGGGGUUCACAAAGAGGGCUAGGUUCGAUCGAUAGGGUUGUAUCCAGGCCACCGUCUACGCCGAAAUCCCAUGGCGAAGAGGACGUGCGGCAGAAGAGAGCUACUCGAUCGGUGGAUGGGUAUUCAAGAGGAAGACGACGAAGAUGAUCCGUCCCCAACAAAGCAGCGGCAGAUUCGACUUGCGAAGGAGAGUUGGUUCUCGGAUUGUUAUAAAUUUUUAACCAAUUUACCAAAAGAAAGUCAUAUAUGGUGUGGCUUUUCAGAUUUAAUGGGACCCCUUUUGGAGACUUUUCAUAAUUACUUCAGUGACAAGAGCGGCGAUUCACCUUUGAAACAUAUAUGGAAGCGGGUUUCUGUGGAAUUGGGGCAGUGCAUGCAGUGUAUAUUCCAGCAUCAUAUGGCUCAAGAAUCUUAUAAUGUUGAGUAUGAUGCGGAUGCUGUUGGCCCGCUUCUGAAAGUGUUACGUAGACUUGAUGAAGAAAGGGUUGCAGAACAUAUAGAAAAGAUAAAUGCAAGCAUGAAACAUGGAGAAUAUGAUACUGACUCUUAUAGCGUUGAAGUUAUUAGCAUAAUGUUUGAAGUUUUGACAUAUCCAUUGCUUCUAGAAGACCAGUCUUUGGUUAAUGAGUUCCAAAAUUUUCUCGAGAAAAUUGACAGCUAUCAUGAUGUUACUUUAGCUGGCAGUCAACAAUAUAUGGGUGUCUAUGCUCUGCUCUUUCUUAAAAGUGGAAGGGCUAGAUCAAUUGGCUUUCGCCUUGCUGGAAGUUUGGGAAAGUUGAGGAGUGCAGCAGAUCUGGAUCCUUUGCAGCCUCUUUUAAAGAAAUACAUUUGCUUUUUGGGGACUGAGGUUCCUCCGUUAACCAUGGAUAAUUCAAGGCCAAGAGUACAACUUGAGCGGACAACUGUUUGGAUUGGAGUGAAAGCUCUGCUUGGAUUUCUUGAGGCCCCUGCAUAUGAGGAAGGGAUAUUAGAGAGAUACCCUGUUUUCCUGAGCAUCGUUCUUAACCAUGUCAGUGGUGACACACUGGAUUUUUCCUAUGCUGUUGCUUGUUUGAGGAUAUCAUUUGAAAUUCUUGGUAGUAAACUUUGGCUGAGGACUGCAUUGUCACCCAGCGUGAUGCGUAACACUCUAUUGGGUCAAUGUUUUCAUUCCAGAAACGAGAAAAGCCACAAGGAAAUUUUUGACCUUUUCCUCCCAUUUUUGCAGUCUCUUGAAGCCCACCAGGAUGGCGAGCAUGAAAAACAGAGAAGGAAUUUACUGUAUUUUCUUUUGCAUCAAGUAACCCAGAGUAGCAAUUUCAGUGACCUGAUGAGAAAGAAUGCUCGCAAGAUAGCACUUUUAAUUGUACAUCGCGGAUACAAAAUGGAUCCUCCAAGUCCACCUUUUGAAUGUGCACAUAUGUGGGGGCCAACUUUGGUGAAUUCUUUGAAGAAUUUUUCUUUGCAUAGUUCUCUGCGGCAACCGGCGUUUGAUCUUAUUACAACAAUUAUAAUUUCCGACACUUCUGCUCUGAUAUCUCUUCAGCAGAGGAGUUGCGCUCUGCAUAGAAGUAAAUUCAGUACCCAUGGUUAUUUCAUUGAUGAGGAAGAUGAGCUCAUUUUAUCUGAAGAUACGGAAGAAAAGGAUAACACUUGCUGGACUGAAUUUAACAUGUUGAGCAAGCUCGCUUCAUCUGAAUGCACUUGUUGGUCAUGCGUUCCAAUGUUAUGGAUUGAUUCUUUGAUUGAUGUGGGCCCUGCAACUCUCCCUAUAACAUUUUCAAAGGCUCUUUUCUGGGCUUUGUCACGUUUAUCUGUGCUGGAAUUGAACUUUAGUUUGGAUAUGUCACUCUCAACUCGGGACUGGUUGUCCAUAUAUGCAAGUGAGAUCUCUUCAUCAUUUGGGUGGCAGAUUCCAACUGGUUUUGAUGACGGCGGGGAAGGGAAGGAGUCGAGAAACUCCAUCAGGGCAUCAUCUAUGUGCAUUCCAUUGUUAAGGACAUUGAAGAGGCUUUCUGCUGAAUUCAUCUUGCAACUGGAAAAACUUGAACUUCAAAAACAAUGGACAUGGGAACCAAAAAUGGCUGAGAGCUUGAUACUUACGCUUGCAAACCAUGAUGAUGUUGUGAGGAAAGCUGGUAAAAUUAUAUUGGAGUAUUUGUCCAGUGAGCGUCUCUUGACUUCUGGACUCCAGUUUCUUUGUUCCACUGCUUCUUCUCUGUCUGCCAUUCUUGCGGGUUUCAGAUUCAUGUUUAAACAGGUUCAUUAUAUUCCCAUUAUGGAUAGCUUUCAUAGUCUUCACCAUUUGUUCUUUGUCUCGGGGAAAUUAUUAAAGGAACUUGUUAGCUCUCCCAAUAAAGCACCUCCGAAUUCUCAAGACUACCUAAAUUGCAUAACACCGUCUUCUCAGGGAGGAUUUUUACCACAAACUUUCAUUGGUCAUUCACCAGCUAGUCCUUUUGAUUGCCAACCAAAUCAAGUGGACAUUAAAUCUUGGGAGAAAUUCAGCUGCUUGCUUUCUGCAAUCAUGUGGUCUCCUGUAUUAAAAUGCUUAGUUGAGGGCAAGGAGCUUAUAAAUAACACAAAGUGCCAGAUGACAUGUGUUCGGUUGCUGGAAACUCUUCCUACUAUUUAUGAAAAGCUAAGCUUAUCUUUCCCCAAAUCAUUAGGAAAUGUGGUGCAUCUGGUUCCCAGUUCAUCCGACUUCAAAUGGCUUUUAGAUUUGGUAGAUUGGGGUAGAUCACAUCUCGUAGUUGUCAUCAGGCACUGGAAACUAUGCAUGCAAUCUUUGUUGAGCUUUUUUAAAGUGUCAUAUGGUGAUUCAACAGCAUCCAUGAUAAGUACCAUUGAAAAAGUAAUAUCAACUGAUACAAUUAUGGUUGAUAAUUUACAGGAGCAGAUGCUUACUUUUACUGUCUCUUUGUCUCGUCUUGCUUCUUUCAGAGAUGACAUAAGAAUUCUCAAGCCAAAAACAUUACCUUUAGAACCUCAUUCAUUGAAAAAUGUCUCAUAUUUUGAUGCAUCUUUAUCUUUUGGUUCAAGUUUUAAUGCUGUUAAAAUGAAUAAGAAAUAUGUAGAGAAAGAAGUUAUUGCUCUUUCUGAUGAUGAACCUGAGAAAGUUGCUUCCAUUGAAGUGGUAGACUCAUGCUGCACAAGUUCAGGCUCACACCUGUUAGCCGAGAAUUCUCUUCCAGCUACUUGUAAGGGCUUGUUACCAGAUAGUGAGGCCAAGUCCAUGAUUCCUAUUUCGAAGUAUGACAAGCUUGAGUCCUUUCCUUCUGGAAUUUUUGUUGAGGACGACUUGUGUUCUUCUUCUUCGGAGGAUGAUCUUGUAAAUAAUAAAGCAUCUUAUCAUGAAAAAUCUGUUGCUGGUAGAAUUGGAGAUUCUCAAAUGCAAGGAAGAGGUCUUUGUACAAAGGCUUUACGAAGUAGUAACCUUGUUAAAUCUUCUCACAAAGGUCCAAAUGUUCCACAAAAUGGUCAAUCAUUAGCUAAAAUUCUUCCUAACAAGACAACUAUAACUGAUCCACUCCUGGAACUUGAAGUUGCUAUGAACAAACGGCUGGUUCAGGCUGACGGUGAUGAUUCUUUGGAGCUUGCACUGGAUCAUACUAGUCAUCCUAAGCCGUUAGUAUCAAAGACAACUGUAUUUGCUUCUAAAAGAAAAGUAAUACAACUUGAAAUGCCUGCAAAUCACAAGUCUUGCUCACUCAACCGAAUGGAAGUAUCUUCCAGAAGACUUAAACCUCCUAAAUUGGAUGUUUGGUAUAAGUCCAUUUUAGAAAUGGAUUACUUUAUGAUAGUGGGGCUAAAUUCUACUGAUGAAUAUGAAAAAAUAACCUACAAUUUGAGUCAAGUUCCUUUACAUUUCCAAUCUUCAGAUCAUUAUGUUAAAAUUUUCCAACCAUUAGUUUUGGAAGAGUUCAAAGCUCAGUUGCACCAUUCAUCUUUAGAGUCAUCUGCAGAAGACAAGCAUUGUGGCAGUCUUUCUAUAGUUUCUGUUGAAAGAAUUGAUGAUUUUCAUAUAAUUCGAGGUUGUCCUGAUGAGAAAGAAUCUGCAACAUCUCAAGGCUGUCUGGAAAAUGAUCUUGUCUUGCUCACCAAAGAGCCCCUCGAGAAUUCUGUCCAAAUUACUCACGUGCUUGGAAAGGUGGAAAGGCGGGAGAAAAGUCAUAAAAAUUUCUCUAUUAUUCUAGUAAUUAGAUUAUAUCUUCCAGAUACUUGCUCACGUCUAAUCAAACUGAAGAGGCUUCUAAUCGAACGGAGUAAAUGGUUUUUAAGUCGAGUUAUGAGUAUAACCCCUCAACUAAGAGAAUUUCAGGCUCUUUCAUCUCUCAAUUCGAUUCCUAUGCUUCCAAUCAUCUUGAAGCCUGCUGCUCAUUCUCCUGGGCAUUCUGAACCACAAAAAGUAGACCUAAGUAAGCUUUCUCAGUUCAUGCAAGACAUGUUCAAGUCAUCAUUUAAUGUCACCCAGCUCCAGGCUAUUAGUGAUGCUAUCAGAGCACAUACUCCACGAAAAUUUGAACUCUCACUUGUCCAGGGUCCUCCAGGAACUGGUAAGACCAAAACUAUUGUUGCUAUUGUUAGUGCGCUGCUUGCUCUGCAAAGACUUCCAAAAAACAUGUUUACCAACACUACCAGAGAAUUCAGUGCCUUGUGCAAACCUAGGACACAUCUUCCAAAUUCUGUAGCUGUUUCAAGAGCUUGGCAAGAUGCUGCUUUUGCGAAGCAAUUGCUUAUGGAUGCAGAGAAAGAGGCUUCAAUAUCUGUAGAAAGUGCUUUGAAAGGAAGGAUCCUUAUUUGUGCACAAUCAAAUGCAGCAGUUGAUGAACUUGUAUCAAGAAUUAAUGAAGGGAUUUUUGGGAAUGAUGGAAAAAUAUACAAACCUUUCAUUGUGAGAGUUGGCAAUGCAAAAACUGUUCAUCCUAACUCCCUUCCUUUUUUUAUUGACACACUUGUCGAACAAAGGCUGGCAGAAGAAAUAACAAGCACGGGAAAUGGUGAUGGAGGAAAUGAUUCAAAUGCUGAGACUUCAAGAUCACUUCGUUGUAAACUAGAGAAGCUAGCUGAAAGAAUACAGUACUAUGAAUCUAGGCGUGCUAAAUUAAAAGAUGGCGAUGCCAACUUGAAUGAUAUUGCUGGUGGUGUUAUUUCUGAGGAUAAUAUUAAAGAAAUGUCUGAUACAGAAAUAGGGGCAAAACUGAACAAUCUCUAUAGGGAGAAAAAAUUAGUUUAUCAAGAUCUUGCUUCUGCUCAAGCUCGAGAAAAAAAGUCUUCUGAAGAAAGCCGGGCCCUUAAGCGUAAGCUUCGGAAAUCCAUCCUAAGAGAGGCUGAAAUUGUGGUGACAACACUCAGUGGGUGUGGUGGUGAUCUGUAUGAAGUCUGCUAUGAAUCCUUUUCAAAUGGCAGUUCAGGAAGGUGUUCGGAUCAGUGUUUCUUUGAUGUAGUUGUGAUUGAUGAAGCAGCUCAAGCGCUGGAACCAGCCACUCUCAUUCCACUUCAGCUUUUGAAGUCAAAUGGAGCCAAAUGUAUAAUGGUUGGGGAUCCAAAACAGCUUCCUGCUACUGUACUUUCCAGCGUGGCCAGUCAAUUUCUUUACGAGUGUAGCAUGUUUGAAAGAUUGCAGAGGGCUGGGCACCCAGUGAUACUGUUAACCGAACAG